CUGUCAUACCUGUGUGGCCCGGUAACUAGCAGUAUGGAAAACAAUCUAUAAAAUGUAAUAUUGCAGAAAGGGGGCGUGGCAAUCAUGUAAACAAAUAAAGUGAUGGAAGACGAAGUUGUUGCGGACAUAGUGUCUUCUCUUAAAGAACUAAAUGAUAAAGAAGAGCAGUUGAUUAAAUAUAGUAGAGACAUUUUGAGAGAGGAAAAUGGUUUUUCAGUAUUCGUAGAUGACAAGAUAAAGAAACUGUUCAGUCUUGCGUUUGUUUACAAAAAUGUUUUCCAAAAGCAUAACGUUAAAACAAAGGAGGAAUUUGAACGAUUGAUUAGAAAAUAUUUUAGGCAUUCAGAUGUUAGAGACUUACACGAUGAAUUAGUUGACACUGAGGAUGAAUGGGAUUCUAUCCUUAAAGACCUUGAUCAAAGAAUGGGUGCUUUGUCUAAUGGAAAAGUAUUAAGUAUUGGAGAUAAAUCACCUGUUGAUGCUGAGCUGGUGGAUGCACGCUCAGGUAAAGCUACUUCCAUAAAUCAGUUCUUAACAGGAGGAAAGCACAUUGUUCUGGUUUUACUUAGACAUUUCGCGUGAUUACCAUGACGAAAUCACGUUGCACAGCUUGAAGAAGCCAUAGAUGACAUUACAAAAGCAAACGGGUCAGUAAUUCUUAUUUCAUUUGGACUAAAAGAAGGUGCGGAAAAGUGGUUAGAAGAAACAAAGUCGAGUUUCCCGAUGCUUUUGGAUACUGAAAGACGCAUAUAUUUAGCGUUUGGUCUUCCAAGAUCGGUAGCAAAAGUGUGGGGUGUUGGUAGUAUGGUAUACUAUGCUGAGAAGAUGACACAGGGUAUACCACUACCGAAACCUUAUGAAAACAUCCAUGACGAUGCAAUCCAGAUGGGAGGCGAUUUCAUUAUAAAUAAAAAUGGAGAUGUUACCUUUUUGUAUUGCAGUAAAAAUUCGAGCGAUAGACCAUUAAUUCCAACGUUGCUUGAAGCUCUUAAAGAUUGUGAGAAAUAAAUGUGACAAAACUAAGUUUACAACCAAAUUGCUGGACUUUAAUAUAGUAUUUGAUUAUCGACAAGAAAGUGUAUGAUAGUUAUAGCUGAAAACAGAGCAUGUUGGCUUUAGCUGGAUCGAACUUCUUGUCAUCAUAUGCUUAAAUUCCGUAUUUUGUUGUGUUUUAGCAGUUACAUAAUUAUUGUUUAUUCAUUGAUUUAUAAAUUGUAUAUGGUCCAAGGACACAGUUAUCGUCCUUUGGUUUUCGUUGUGUACGAAUAUAGUCCCUAGUGUGAACAGUGUAUAACUUGCAUUUUUUUUUAUACAUUUUCCAAUUUAUUUCUUGAUAUAUUAUGCAUUAAAUGUUAAGUAAGGGGAUGAAAUUACAUGUUAAAAAAAAUUUGGGUGCUGAAUCUUUAUGUUAAGUAGUGAUUUGGUCCAGUUAAAAAAGGUCAAAAAUUAGAAUGUCUGAAGCUGUCAAACUGAAUUUUAGCCCCCCUUAACACAGAAUUGUCAAUAUUUUGAGUUAGAGCUGGUAGAAGUUUCUAUAAUUUUGAUAUUAUUUGUAUCAAUAGUAGUAUACUACACUGUAAACAUCUUUUUGAGAUAGAGCAGGACUGGUGCGAUUUUUUUAAUUUGAAUUUAUUGUCUAAAAGAAAUGCACUACGAAAUAACUGUGUUCUCGGGCUAUAUGUGGCUGCCAAUGCUUUUUUUUUUUUUUUUUUUUAUUAAUUUCUUACAGCAUUACUAAGUUAACACACUUUUGCAGUUCGACUAUAUGACAAUAAGAAAUACGAUAAAACAAUAUAGCGUCGUGUCAUAAUACAACAUGAAUUCGCUCAUUUGCAUUACAUGACUUCAAUCCCCUAUUGUUUUAUGACAGCAAAUAUUUGUUUCCUUAUAAUAAUAAAUCCAUAAAGAAAAUACUUCUGAAUUGAAGGGGUGUACGAGCCAAGUAUUAACAAAUUAGUACACAUUUUAUGUUGUAAAUGAUAAACUUAUUGAACUGGACUAACAUAGUUACUUUUUAUUCCAUUUUUUAUAACUUUAAUUGAUGAUUUAAAAUGUCAGAAUACAAAUACAUAUGUUCAAACUC